GCAGCAGGAGCUUUGUAAAAAUUAGUGAUUAGGUGCUGGUUGUCCGAGUAGCUACGAUGAUUUGUGGAGUUGAUCUUUCCAAAUCAAAUUUUUGGGAGAGUUGAACCGAAACUAGGACAGUAAAAAUCGUGGAUAUUACGACGUUUGAAGACCGGGUAAAAUGUCGUCGUGAUGGACAAUUUAUCGGACAAUCAUCGUCUGGAAUAAGAUAAGGAAAUAAAUAAAUAAGUAAGAAUUUUUCCAAGUGGCUUAAAGAAGGCGAACCGAAAGAGAGAGUCAACUUGGUGAUACCAAAACGAAAUGUCAAACGCUUUUGCAUGAUCGAAGGGGAACCUUGCCUCGAUGACCUCAGAGUUUUAUAAAUAAUAAUUGUGUAAAAAAGUAAGAAGAGGAUUAAUCAAGUUCACCCACGUGAUUAUCGAUACCUUACUCUGCUGUGUCUGACAACCCCUCAAUGCCAAAGUUCGUCAUCAAUUAUUCACAGAAAUGAAUGAGCAACUGAAAAUCAUACUUUGCUUCCAGAUCUAAGACUCAUUCAUAGUUUUCACGUUUCUAAACGUACAAGCUAAUCACCUCGCUCCGAUUAGUUCUCCAAUUUUUAAUUGUUUUAUUUUUUUUAACUAAAUCUUUGAAAAAAGUGCUACAAUGAGUUCUGUAUGGAAAAGGCUGCAAAGGGUUAACAAGAGGGCGGCUAAGUUUCAGUUCACCGUUUCUUAUCACGAAGUGACGUUAGAAACCACGUCAAAAUGGAAGCCAAACAAAUUGAGCGUAGUUUGGACUAGGCGCAGCAGAAGGGUCAGUUCAGAGCCUCUGGAAUGGGAACCAACCCUAAGUGAUCCCCUCAAGGGAAACAUCAGCUGGGCUGUGCCAGACAAUCACAUAGUUUCUGUGACCCUCUUUAAAGACCCAAGAACCCAUGAACUCGAGGAUAAAGAUUGGACGUUUGUUAUCGAAGAUGUUUCGACAACGGGUAAAAGAAGACAUGUUGCAGCGACUAGCAUAAACAUGAAAAAAUAUGCGUCGCUAGAAUCCAGCCAACAGCAAUUAAUAUUGGACUUGAAACCAACGUCUAAGAAAAUAGUUAGUGCUACACUCGAGUGUACAUUGUCUUGUGUAUUCUUGAGAGAAGGAAAAGCGACAGAUGAAGACAUGCAGAGUAUGGCGAGUUUGAUGUCUGUAAAUAAUAACAGCGACAUUGCACCACUGGAUGAUUUUGAUAACGAAGAUAUUCCCGAAGAUGUUGAAGAAUUUGUUGGAAAAUCAUUGGAGGAGGUCCUUGAUAUCUCUCAACAGAUCGAUUUACUGACCAACAGUCUCACCGAAAGUGAAAUUGCCAGUACACCGAUCAGUGUUGCAAGUUUAUCUAAGGAUGAAACAACGCCAGUGAAUGAUGACAAUCCGUUUUCGAGAGCCAUCACCCAAAUGGGAAGCAGUGGCGAUAAUGCAACAGAAAAAUCUCCAACCAAAGAUAACGUCGCAAUUGAAAACGACAAAAACUUUGAACAGUCUGCUGUGAGAUUAUCUCUACAGCCUUUAGAUUUGAAAAAAGGGGUGUCUGACAUUCUCCCUAAAUUCCGUGAAACGACACCUGGUCAAGAUCUCCUCGAAUGGUGUAAAGAGGUCACCAGGGAUUAUCCAGGGGUCAAGGUGACAAAUCUCACCACUUCCUGGCGCAACGGAAUGGCCUUUUGUGCUGUCAUUCAUCAUUUCAGACCCGAUCUGAUAGACGUUGAAACUUUGCUGGCGCAUGAUGUAAAAGGAAAUUGUAAGAAGGCUUUCGAUGCAGGAGAGGCAUUAGGUAUCCCUCGUGUCAUUGAACCAGCCGAUAUGGACAUUCUAACUGUUCCUGACAAACUGGCUGUCAUGACAUAUUUGUACCAACUGCGAGCUCAUUUCACAGGACAUGAACUCGAGGUACAGCAAAUUGGCAAAACCACAGAUGAAUCUUCUUACAUGAUUGGAAGAUUCAAUACAGAUAAUAAUACGGACGUUACUGUGCAAUUGUUUGGUCAAGAAAUAAUCAAUUUCCGUAAAAAAGAGCAAAAUGAACAGCGAAACAAUAAGAUUGAUGGUAACAGGAGAUCAAAUCCGUUCGAUACGAAACGAGACGAGAGUUCGAUCGAUGCAUUGAAAAAUAAGCUACAUCUUAGCCUAAAUACUGAUCUUCAGGAUAAUGAUCAGUAUGGUAAAGACAGAUCACCGUCGAGCGUGAAGGAUGUUAAAGACAUGAUUCUUGCUGGGUCAAAAAGUAUUUUAGGAAAAGUUUUAUCUCCUGCAAAAGAAAAAUAUACGGCAAGAGAAAAGAGUAAAUCACCACCCAGAACUGGACAGAUAGCUCAACCGCAACCUCUCCAGCAACAGAGACCAGUUUUAAUGACUAGAAGACAACUUACAGAUCCUUUUGGUUCGGACGAUGAAGAAGAACUUCAAGUCGUCCAGGACAAAUCAUCGCAAUCUAUUUCCAUAGGAAGAUCGCAAUCCUCCACACGUGAUAACGACUCUCUACAUUCGGCUGAUAGAGGCAGUCGAGCCAGUUCCGAAUGCCGUGGUUCAUCCCCUACAUGUCCCGACCAACGGUUACCACAUCCUUUAGUAACGCGACACGAUGAGCUCCGAGAAAGGGCAAGACAACUUCUCGAGCAAGCUAGAAAUCAGGCUAAAACUACCGGGCCUAAUUCCGCAGCUGCAAGUCCUGUGGAGGGCCAGAGUGAUGCCGAGAGACAAAUUCAGCUGCGAGAAAGAGCCCGGAGAUUAAUAGCCGAAGCCAGAAUGGGAGCUGCGGUUAAUACUAGUCAAAUCAGUGAUGAAAAUUCAAGUGAACAGAGAUCUGUCGAUGAGCAGAAUAACAGCCCCAGACGUAGCACAACUCCAUCCACACCGUCGACUCCUGGAGACAGAUUGAGCAUCAAGUCGGAGCAUAACGGCAACGUCCCAACGAACUUAGCCAUAGUUACGGAGGGAGAAAAGAAGUCGCCUCUGUCCUCUUUCUCCAAAAUUAUGGACAGAAUAUCGCCUGAAAAAACUAGCCCUGAUGGUAACGUUUACUCGACGCGAGGGUUUGGAAAAGACAUGACCACCUAUAUUCAAAACGAGCUAGAGGCUCUUGAGAGGGAACAAAAUCAGAUAGACGUCCAGGCUGGAAAAUUGGAGAAGCAGCUCCGAGCUGCAAUGGAAAGUGAUAAUGAGGAGGAAACUGAGAGAUUGAUGGCUCUGUGGUUUACAUUGGUAAACAAGAAGAAUGCUCUCCUCAGAAGGCAAAUGCAGUUGAACAUUCUCGAGAAGGAAGACGAUCUCGAACGUCGUUCGGAACUUUUGAACCGUGAGCUCCGGAGCAUUCUAGAUGUUUGCGACUGGCAAAAAACGGCGGAGCAAAAGGUUCGUGAGAAUUUACUCCUGGAAGAGCUCGUAUCCAUUGUAAAUAAGAGGGACGAACUUGUGCAUCACCUUGACAAUCAAGAGAAAGCCAUCGAAGAUGACGAUGAAAUUGAACGUGAUCUUUCUCGAGCUGGCCUAGCUCAACGAAACAAAAACUGCGUAGUCCAGUGAGGAGAGACUGCGCUUUGUGUUUGAGUAAGUAUGUUUCGUAUUGCUGUGGAGCUGCCAAAGAAUGAAUAGUUAAUCUGUCCUAUUCAGCCUAACGAGUAUAACGUAUGACAUUAGGAAGUAAUACAACAAAAAAAAAGUACACUCACGAGUUGAUUAUUAAUUUAUAUGGUUGAGCACGAUAGAUUCGUUUACUAUUUUCAAAGCGUGUAAAUUUCGGAUACGACGGAUUACUAAAUAUAGAGAUUUUAUUAUUAUGGACUAAAAAUAUUUGAAACCGAAUAUGUAGUCUAAAAAGAAAGAAAAAAAAAAUUUAAUGAAUAAAAUCAAUGACCUCUGUCGCGUGUAGCGUCUUCGCAAUUCGCAAAGCAAUUUAGUGAUUAAUUAAAGUUAAAUACUGGAUUGAAAAAUAAUUUAUAUUUAUUAAGUUUAAAUCUAGAAUAUACCAAUGUUCAGGCGCCAGGUUCUCUUCGGAACUUGAGUCCUAACAACGCCUUAUUUAAAUGGCGCCACUUUAGUUAUGCGAUUAAAGAUUAACAUGAAAGUUGUCUCUUUGUUUGUUAGCUCGUUUUCUCUUUUUUGUAUUUUUUUUUUUUUGUUUUAAAUUAGUUGAUUCUACAACUGAAAUCAUUAGAAUUAUGAUCAUUACCCAAAAUGACUAACUAAGCAUACUCAAGUAUGGUGCCAUAGUGUAUGAUACGUAAGUCGUUUACUCUCUACUAUGUGUGUGUUUUUAAAUACUGGUUAGAAAUAACGACCAGUUUACCCGACGACGUAUGUUUAUACCAAUUGUUACUUUAAAUUAUCAUCAAUUAUUCAGAUCUCGCUCGAUUAAUAAAAUGUUGCGUACCCAUACAGAAAAUAAAUUCAGCGUUUGUCCUCGUGUUUUAUAGGUGAAAGAGGGAAGGGGCAGGGGGGGGAUAAAUUGGAUUAAAUUUCAAAUUAGAACUGAAAAAUAUAGUGACGCAACUCUGUUAGGUAUACAUAUGUGUGUGCUAAUAAUUAAUAACGAUAAGCUUUAAAGUGGUGGUGCUCUGUUAUGGAGCAGAUCUGUCAUUGCAACUAGGUUUUUAAUUGAUAAACUUGACAUAAUUAAAAAUUUAUAUGAAUUUAUGAAGAAGAAAGAAAAUUUUUUUUUCAAAUUUGCAUUAUAAAAUGCAAACGAAGUAAAUGAGUCACUAAAAAAUACGAAUGUACAAUCAGAUGAAGUGAAACCGUAUUUAGAACGAUCAGACGAAAUAGAAAAAAAAUCUACCAGGGCAUGGCAAUCAUAUUAUCAAUAUAUAGGUAUUUAUGUAUAAUUACUGUAAAUACACAAUUUUUAUUGACAGUUUUUCUAUCGAACGUAACAUCAAUUUCACGCGUACUACCCUAGCAGUACGUACGAGUCUAACAAAUGUCUUGAUGCUUUUUAUUCACACGAUUACUUCUAACGAAACCACAAACAUCACACGCGAGCUUGCAUCACUAUCUAUGAAAUAAGGUUGAUGAAAAAUGAAUAUUAAUGAAUCCACAGACUUCAGUUUUGAAAAUAAGAUGUAUAAUAAAUUUAUACGAAUUAUUAUUCGUCAUAAUUUUUCAAUAUAAAUGCACCAAAAUUUCGUUUUAUACUAUUUGACUUUGGACUACAUCUGAAUUGUAAUUGUCGUAUAAAAAUAAUUUUCAUCCAGGCUCUCGUUGUUCUCCAGAAAAAAUAAGUCCACCGAGUUCGCAUGUAAUUAUUUAGGGUAUUUCUAAAUCUAGAUAAAUACUAAUAUAUCAUCAACGUACCUUUACGUUUAUGUUUAAUAUAUUGUCACCCCAAUAUGAAUUUUUAUUUGUUGUAACGACAGGUACGCGAAGAUAUUUUUCGCGAAUCCUUAAACAUAACUAUACAUAAACACAUAAUAUAGAAUCACUAUUCUCAUAAAGAGAAAGAAAAAGGACAAAAUAAUUAUUCUUGCCAUUAAUGAUAUGUAUGAUCACGUUGAGCUAUCGUCAACUCUAUUAUCUGCUACGAAACAAAAUUGAAAAGACAAAAAAAAUAAAAAUAAAUCAAUUUUCAUUACUUGCUACCUGUGAUAUAUGUACUAUGGACUCACUCGUGGAAAAUAAAAUCACGCAUUGUUCGUUUGAAUAACAUGGAAAAAAACCAAAUAAUAUAACAUCAUCGUCAUUAAUAAAGCACAGUGAUUAUAUAUCA